AUGGCUACCAGAGGAUGCUUCAUCUUCGGCCUCCUAGCCUUAGUCACCUUAGUAACUUGCGCUGAUGGUUUGAAACCUAGCCGAUUGCUGCCAUUCAACAGAAGCAGUUUUCCAGAAAAUUUCAUAUUUGGAGCUGGAUCUGCUGCCUACCAAUCUGAAGGAGCAGCUCUUAUUGAUGGCAGAGGCCCAAGCAUAUGGGAUACAUUUGUCAGGAAACAUCCAGAAAAAAUUGCUGAUCGUAGUACUGGAGAUGUAGCAGAUGAUUUCUAUCACCAUUAUAAGGAGGACAUAAAAUUGAUGAAAAAGAUUGGUUUGGACUCCUUCAGGUUCUCCAUCUCAUGGAGUCGAAUAUUACCAAAGGGGAAAAUCAGUGGGGGAGUGAAUCCACUAGGUGUUAAAUUCUACAAUGACCUCAUCAACGAGCUGCUCGCCAAUGGUUUAAGGCCCUUUGUGACUUUAAUCCAUUUCGAUCCUCCACAAGCUCUGGAAGAUGAAUAUGGCGGCUUUCUAAGCCCCAGGAUUGUGUAUGAUUAUUUAGACUAUGUAGACUUUUGUUUCAAGACAUUUGGUGAUCGAGUCAAGCUCUGGGUAACUAUGAAUGAACCCAAUAUAUUUGCCAUGAUGGGAUACAGUAGUGGUGUCCUUGCUCCGGGUCGAUGUUCCAACUAUUUAGGGAACUGCUCGGCCGGAAACUCUGCCACUGAACCCUACAUUGCUAUCCACAAUAUGCUUCUUUGUCAUUCAGCUGCUGUGAAAUUGUACAAGGAGAAGUACAAGGUUAUCCAAAAAGGACAAAUUGGGAUUACAAUUGCAAGCCAAUGGUUUAUCCCAAAAUACAAUACACCUUCUGAUCGCUUGGCUACUUCUAGAGCUUUUGAUUUCUAUUUUGGAUGGGUUGCACAUCCAGUUACAUAUGGUGACUAUCCCCAAAGCAUGAGGGAAUUAGUGGGAAGUAGACUCCCAAAAUUCAGUGAAGAACAAUCCAAGAUUUUAAAAGGGUCUUUUGAUUUUCUUACGCUAAAUUACUACACCACAUAUUAUGCAGAGAGUGCUCCAUUCACUAACACUAUCAGCCAUAGUUAUGAUACUGACAUGCUUGCAAAAUCAACUCCUGAAAAGAAUGGAGUUCCCAUCGGCACACCGACUGCUUUGAGUUGGCUUUACAUAUAUCCAAAAGGAUUGCAAGAGCUUCUAUUACAUGUGAAGGAGAAUUACAAUAAUCCUCCUAUCUAUAUCACUGAAAAUGGAAUGGCUGACAAUGGCUCCUUGCCACUUGAAGUUGGCCUUAAAGAUAGUAUGAGAAUAAGAUACAUUAGUAGUCACCUAUCUCAUAUUUUAAAGGCUAUAAAGAAGGGUGUUGAUGUGAAGUCAUACUACAUAUGGUCAUUUUUUGAUGAUUUUGAGUGGAGUUCUGGCUACACCAUCCGAUUUGGCAUUACUUAUGUUGAUUAUAAGAAUAAUAACAAACGCCACCUCAAAUACUCAGCCUAUUGGUUCAAAAAAUUCCUCCUAAGUUCUAAUAAUUAAAUUGAAACUCAUUUGGAUUUGUUAAAUUCUGUGAGUGUUGCAAGCUUUAGCUUGAUAAUAGUUGUACCUUUAAAUUUAGAUUAUGUCUUAUUUUGGAGUCUCUCCUCCCUCAUAUUUUUAAAAUUUUUAAAUAAAAAGAGAUUCAUAGA